AUUGAAUAGCUGUUUCUAGUCUCAUCGUGCUUGGCUUUUGUAUGAAAGCUCUAGAAAUCAUUAAACAGAAUUGAUACUUGUGUACUUUUACUCGAUUCCUGCCACCUUCAAUCAUACUACGCUUCACCAAAUUCGGAUGCAGGCGGAAUUCAUGCACUCGUUUUUAUCUGGUGGGCUGUAAACGGGCAAACGAUUGUGCUGAAUGUUACACAUUGAUGACUUGACGCGGAAAUGAAGGAGAUGAGUCGACGAGUCUGAUUUCUCGGACAUUUUACGAUGCUUCUGCGGCGGUUUGCCUCUGGAUUGGUCUCGUCACGGAAGAGCAAUUCUGCUGUGAUUUCUCGCUCCGAUCUAUUCCAAGGCUUGCGAUGCACGAGAUGGACCUCACAUGCAAACUCUUCGACUCAGGUUCAACCAGUACCCGUGGUGGAGGCUGACAUUGUUCUCGUGCGUGACUUUAUCUACUCAGCUCUAUACGAUGAGAACCAGGGCUACUUUUCUGCCCGAUCUAGUGCUGUGGGAGAGUUACCGACUCCAAUCAAUUUUAACGCUUUGGAAGGGAAGAGAGCGUAUACACAGUACAUUGAUAAUCUGUAUAAGCGCGGUGAUAGCUCUUGGUUCACCCCAGUUGAACUUUUCCAGCCGUAUUAUGGUUAUGCACUGGCAGAGUUUAUUCUGCGCACUCAUAGUUCCUCAAAUCCUCUUAUAAUAUAUGAAAUUGGAGGUGGCACUGGCACUUGUGCACGAAAUAUUCUUGACUACAUGAAAGCACAUGCGCCACGAACACUAUAUGAAACAAUGAGCUACAAAUCAGUGGAAAUAAGCGGAGAACUGGCAAAGAAACAGUAUCAGAAGGUGACCAAGGGAGAUGAAAACCGAAAGCAAUUCAGUGUAGAGCGCAGGAAUGCAAGUGACAGAAGUGGAUGGGGCGCUGCUAAGAAGGAAUCUUGCUUCGUCAUUAUGCUUGAGGUCCUUGAUAAUCUACCUCAUGAUCUAGUACAUCGUGAGACUUCUCGAUCUCCUUGGAUGGAGAAAUGGGUACUUGAGAGAACUGACGGGGAGGUGCCAGGUCUUCCAGUUGAGAUAUCUAAGCCUCUUCAAGACGACCUCAUAAUUCGCUGCCUUGAGGCCAUGAAAGGUGAUCCAGCUCAAAGUAGGUCCGUUACCAGAACUUUGAAGAACAUGGUUGUCAAGCUGCUCAAUGCUUCUGAGCUGCUCUGGAUUCCAACAGGUUGUCUGAAAUUACUGGAGACACUGCACUCUGCUCGACCCAAUAUGACCCUGAUCGCAUCUGACUUCAGUUUGCUUCCAGACGUGAGGCUUGCAGGAGAAGGAGCGCCGUUGGUUUCGAGUAAGAAAGGAGGAGUGAACAAAGAUCAUGCGACGUACUUGGAGGCGAAGGGACAUACGGACAUUUUUUUCCCCACAGAUUUUUCGGUAUUACAGAAGUUGGAUCAUCUCUGUUCUGCUGCCAACGGGAACACCAAAACUUCUCGACGGUCUUCUAUUGUGAACUCCGCUCAAUUUAUGGAUCUUUUUGCCGACACGGGAAAAACUCUCACUAGAGAUGGCUAUAAUCCUCUUCUAGAGGAUUUUAGCAAUACUAAAUUUUAUAUAAGCACCCCUGCUGGUGGAUUCAAAUCGGAUGUUGGGACACAAAGUACAGGUUCUCAUUCGAUAUAGUAGUAAACUUUGAUACCAAAGGUGCAACGAGAAAGAAGUUAUUGUCUUGAAGUAGAUUCUGACGUCUUUGUUUUUGCGUAUGUUUCUGUGCAUGUGGUUGUUCACCAUAAAUUUGAUCCUAUACCAGUUUGGAGUUCUGGUACACUACAUUAUAGUCCACACCGCAGUUGUUCCCACAUGUUAAUGCAGAACUGGAUGGGUCUUCCAUAUCGACCAUCCGUAUCUUGUAUAUGCUUUCGUCAGGAAAUGUCUCAUCCCUUCCGUUACGACAAAAGGUAAGGA